GCCGGGUGGCGCGGUGCACGCCGGGAGAAGAUGGAUUCGCACGCGCUGUUUCGCCGCCUGGGCGCGGGCGCCCGCUUCGACGUGAAGCGCUUCAGCCGCGACGCGCGGCGCUUCGGGGUGGUGAAAGGCCCCGGCCCGGGCUCGGUGGCCCCCGCCAGCCUGGACUUCUUCAGCGUGCGUGAGACUGGGCCCCUGAGUACCCCUGGGACAGACGGCGCUGCAGCCUGGACGCCUGCUGCGGAGUCACCAGGUUGGGUCGGGAAGCCCACGUCUGACUCAGUAAAUGGCAGUUCUUGUGUUCUUAUGUUUUUAGGGCUCGAAAGGAAGAGAACAAGAGAAAGUGAGAGUUCCAGGGGGAAGAAAAAGAAGAAAACCUCAGAAACUAUUUCUGCGUCGGAACUUCCUGAAAAUGAUGGGAUAUUGUGGAUGUCCUCGUUGGAAGCAAAGCUUAAAAAUACAAGAGAAAUGGGAGAAAAGAAACCCACUGCAGAAAAACUGGAACAGCUCAGACAGGAAAAGAUAAACCAUUUCCGAAACAAGUACAAGAUUAAUGUGCAAGGUACAGAUCUUCCUGAACCAAUUGCCACAUUUGAGCAACUUCAAAAGGAGUAUAAAAUCCACCCUAAAAUAAUGCAGAACGUUGAAUCUGCUGGCUUCCAGGUCCCCACGCCAAUUCAGAUGCAAGCCAUUCCUGUCAUGCUUCAUGGUCGGGAACUCCUGGCUUCAGCUCCUACUGGAUCUGGGAAGACCUUGGCUUUUAGCAUUCCUAUCUUAACACAUCUGAAACAACCGAUGAACAAAGGAUUUAGAGCACUGAUCAUCUCUCCUACUAGAGAACUUGCUAGUCAAACACACAGAGAGCUGGUAAAGUUGUCUGAGGGAACAGGCUUCAGAAUACAUAUGAUCCAUAAAGCAGCUGAAGCAGCCAAGAAGUUUGGGCCCAAAUCAUCUCAGAAGUUUGAUGUGCUAGUGACCACUCCAAACAGACUCAUUUAUUUACUAAAACAAGAUCCUCCAGCAAUAGAUUUGACCAGGGUUGAGUGGCUGGUGGUGGACGAGUCGGACAAACUCUUUGAAGAUGGGAAGUCAGGGUUCCGUGACCAGCUGGCCUCCAUCUUCCUGGCUUGCACAUCUCAUGUCAUCAAAAGAGCUAUGUUCAGCGCAACUUUUGCACAUGAUGUAGAGCAGUGGUGUAAACUCAACCUGGAUAAUGUCAUUUUGGUGUCAGUUGGAGCAAGAAACUCUGCAGCAGAGACAGUGGAACAAGAGCUCUUGUUUGUUGGAUCGGAGACAGGAAAGCUGCUGGCAGUGAGAGAACUGGUUAAAAAGGGUUUCACGCCUCCUGUACUUGUUUUUGUGCAGUCCAUCGAAAGGGCUAAAGAGCUUUUCCAUGAGCUUAUUUAUGAAGGUAUCAAUGUGGAUGUUAUCCAUGCUGACAAAACGCAGCAGCAGAGAGAUAACAUAGUGCACAGUUUUAGAGCUGGGAAGAUUUGGGUGCUUAUAUGCACGGCCUUGCUGGCCCGAGGGAUUGACUUCAAAGGAGUGAAUAUGGUCAUUAACUAUGACUUCCCAACCAGUGCUGUGGAAUAUAUUCACAGGAUAGGUCGGACUGGGAGAGCAGGACAUACGGGAAAAGCACUCACUUUCUUUACUGAAGAUGACAAACCUUUAUUACGAAGUGUAGCUAGUGUUAUUCAGCGGGCUGGCUGUCCUGUGCCAGACUAUAUAAAACACUUCCGUAAACUGCAAAGCAAACAAAAGAAGAAAUUUAUUAAGAAGCCACUGGAAAGGGAGCACAUUCGUACCAUGCCUCAGUACUUCUUAGAAAAAGCAAAAAGGAAAAAGUAA